AUGGAAGCAUAUACUCAAGAUGUUUCCGCUUUAAUAGAUCUUCAUGGUUGGCCAGUGCCGGAAGAAUUUCAACAGAGCUGCCUGAAGUUUAUUGGAGAGGGUUUGACUUUUUACCCAACUCCAAUGAAAAAGGAUCAACCUGUAGGAUGCUAUUCGUUCGGCGGCGGUGAUGUUCAGUUGCAAGAGCUUUACAGUGAGGAAGGCAAACCCAUCACGAGUAAGGAUAUCACCUAUUCUGAUGUCCUUCUUUCGCUCAUGCAAAACAACGAAUUCUUUGGGCGUGCGUUACCAGACAAACGUGCUAAGGCUGCCGUCAAAAGUUACUUGUCUUAUUUUUACAACCACAUACCACAAAAAGAACAGUUUAUGUCUUCUCUUGUGGCAGAAGCUCCGUCUCCAAUUGAGGUUCUCAAGAAUGCUAAAAAGGGUCCACCAACUUUAGCCCGCGCGACAAAUCAUUAUGACAAAAACGCUUCCCCGGCAAUUACCAAUGACGAUUCAGUCAAAGAUGAAGCUCCCGUGAAACAGAACAAUGUCUCGACUUCCAAAUUGAUAACAGAAUCGAAUGGCGAGGAAUCCACUCGGGUUGCUCCCGCCCUAGUUACAAAUGCUAUCGAUCCAACCAGAGAUUGCGCGAUUUCCACUGAAGCCGGGUCAGUUCAGAUGGAUCAUGGUUCGUCGGACUCAGUAGCCGGAAUUGAAAUGGAAGUUCCAUCAGAUGGUGGUAUUGCUACUGAUGCCGAUGUUGAUCAUGAAUUUGAGGCGACACGCGAAACGGGUUUACAUCCGAGAAUCCCUCCAGAGGACCAUGCUGCAAUUCUGAAAUAUUUCCCAUCCGCCGACGGUGUCAUCCUUAGGAAGUGCUUGAUCUGUGGCUCAAGUGGACAUGAUCGAAGUGUAUGUUCCGACAAUGCUUGUUCUUCUUGUGGCAGUAAGGGGGAUCAUCUCACUCCAGCUUGUCCUCAGACUACGAUCUGUGGUAAGUGUAGAGAAGUGGGCCAUCAGACCUUACAAUGUCCUGAAAAGCUGCGUGCUGUCAAAGAUGAUGUCAAAUGCAAUACAUGUCAAUCUACAAGUCAUCUUGAGGAUCAAUGUCAUGUAAUCUGGAGAAGUUUCCUUCCUGAUCCGAAUGAGAUUAAAAAGGUUCACAAUAUUCUAGCUUUUUGCUACUUUUGUGGUCGUCCAGGUCACUUUGGCCCUGAAUGUGGACUAUAUCGUGGUAAACCUGCUUCUGGCGGGAAGUCUUGGUCGACUAGCAACAUGGAGAAAUUUCUUGAUGGUCCCAAUAGUUAUGAUGACUCUCUUUCUCUAGGAGGUAAUGACUAUUCAAUUCCGAAUCGCGGAAAGAAGGGCUUCACCAUCAAGGGAAAGGCCAAUGACCCCAUUAAUUUGGAUGACAGCGAUGAUGAAGAAGGUUUCAUCCAACCCAAAGUCAAUAUGGCCCCUAGAAAUGGUCACAUCCAGUUCUCCCAAGCUGGUGCAAUGCAAUCUUUCAACAAAGCUCCCCCCUUUCAAUUCCAAGGCAAUACUGGCGGCAACCAAAAUAGUAGACCUUCUGGAAACCGUGGUGGCCGUGGCGGUCGUAGAGGUGGUGGUAGUGGUGGCGGCAGCGGCAGUGCAGAGAAGAAUAAGCCGAAGCAUAAAUCUGGAAACAACCCCCCUAGAGGCGGUGGUCAAAGUCGUGGCAAAGCCUAUCGCGGUAGAGGCGGAGGCGGACCUGCUCGAGGUGCUCCACGAGGUCGUCGCUAA